AUGUCGUCGAAGCGAAUCCCCAUCAGCUGCGAAAACUGCCGCCAACGCAAGAUCAGAUGCAUUACCUCCAGCUACCAAGCUCCCUGCGACACUUGUCUUCGCCGUGGCUAUGCGUCUAGCUGUCGAUUUCGCCGCCAGGACAGUUAUGAUCCUCGAGGAUCAGGCCCAGAGAAACUCGUAGACGUCUCUGCCCUGGAAGAUCUCCUGAGACAGAACAUUGCAGUCACCAGUGCACUGCUCAGCAAGCGCAGUGAGACCCGGCUGCCAUCUCCAGACUCGAGUCCAGGUGCUCUACUGCAUCUAGAUGCGGUAGAGCGCAGAGAGACCCCUGAGCCUGCUCGCCAAUCAGGGCGUCUGGUUACGACACCUUCGGAUCAUGUUCGAUUCGUUCCGACCAAUGGUUCUGAGGAUGCUGAUCUGAUUGAUGCAAUGCAUGGGUCUACGCCUGACUGUUCGACCGGAUUUCCCUUCUUUGAGCUCUCGCGGCUUAGCGGCGUCUCUGAAGAACUACUCGAUAUGCUUCCUCCUCUGCCGCAGGUAGAGGAGCUCAAGUCGGUAUUUUUCCAGGUCUUUUCGCCGCUUUUCCACGUUCUUCACGAUCCCACCUUUCACGCCAGAUAUGAAGAGUUCAAACAGGAUCCAAGAUCCGUCUCUUUGUCCUUUCUCGCUCUGCUCUUCGUCACUCUUAGCCUCUCCGUUACUGCAUUAGAUGACGACAACCCCCUGCUCAGGAACUUAGGCCGUGACCCGUCACCUGGCGAGAACAUUCGUAGCCUGUCGGCGAAGUAUCGGGGUGCGGCAAUGCGGUGCCUGGUGGCGGAUAACUUCAUGUUUCGGCACAAUCUUUGCACCGUGCAGUCUCUCGUUUUGCUCAUUUAUGCCAUCAAUCAUGCUCAAGGACCUGCAUGGUCUCUCCUCGGGACGACGCUCCAUAUAGCUGUCGCCAUUGGAUGUGCCGUCGACCCCUCGCGGCUUAACGUUGGCCGCGUUGAGGCGGAAGAGCGUCGACGCUGCUGGGCUGCGCUUCAGAUGCUGUACACGAUCCAAAACACCUGCCUCGGCAAUCUCAUGCCAUUCCGCAUCAAUUCCCAAGUUGACCUUCCAGCCGACAUUGAAGACGACGACCUAUCAUUAGACCAGUGCCCGAACGACGACCCAUCAGCAUUCCCAACGAAGAUGACCUAUCUGCUGUACAAAUUCCGCCUUUAUAACCUUGCCUUCGACAUCUGUCAGCUCUCAUCGCCGGCAGAGCACGCAAAAGUAUCUGCACUAGAUACAAGAAUUGUCAAUGAGCAGCAGUCCCAUUUUGUUCGAUUUGCUGCGCGACCUAUCACAGAUUUAGACCCGUACCAUCAAGCCCACUACUACAUCCUCGCAAACUACACCAACCAUCUCACGCUCCUCCUCCAUCGACCGUACAUUUCAACGGCCAAUUUUAGUACGCCUUUUUCCCAAAGCCCCGAGCGAUGCGAGCACGCUGCGACGACUAUCCUCUCUAACUUCGAAAGACUCGCCUCCGACCCCCUCUUCCAGAGCUACCGGUGGUAUGUUGACGGUUUGGGCUCAUUCUACGCUUUCUUCUCGAUCACGACGCUGCUAAUCCUUCACGGAAACGGGCAACUGGAUAUACAGUCCGGCUCUCUAAUAUUGAACCUAGUUCGCCGUUGUGUGGAUAUCCUUAUGCACAGAGCACCGAGAAGCUCGGUUUGCUCAAAAGCUGCUGCAAUUCUUGAGCCGAUUGCGCAGCGUCUGGAUCCGCUGGGACUUAGAACUGGCCAGGCUAAUGCUGAGCAAAUGAGUCCGGUUAUUGAGGAAGAGACGAUUCUCUCUGCGUUUCCAGAGCUUGGAGGGCUGUUCUUUGACGUCCCGUGCGAGCAAUGGCUGACUCCGGCGGGGUUCCCUUGGGUAGCGUCUUGA